AUUAAAGAUCUUGGAAAAGGAAUGGAAGAACCAGAACAUAGCCAACAUGGAACUACGCCUUCUUCUUCUUCUUCUACUGUCACAACCUCCACUGACGGUCCAUCUUCUUCAUUGCCGCCUACUUCACAGGUUCAAGAAGAAGUAGAAAUUGAACAACAUGAGAAUGGAGAAAAUGAUCACCUUCACCAUCACCGCCACCACCACCACCGCCACCACAUACUUCUCAAUCAUCGCCGGCAACAACAGCAGCCUUCUAAUUUAUCCUAUCGUGUGAACAUAUCCAUAUCUGAUGCGCCCUCGACUGAGACAAGGGAUGAUGUAUGGGCUUGCCUCUUUGUGCUCGUCACAUUUUGGUUCUUUGCAGCAUCCAUGACUCUGAUUUUUGGAUUUUAUGGAUCUGUGGAUCUACAAUUGGGCCCAAAUUGCUCCCGCCUAAUACAAACUAACCCAUUCUUUGUGCAGUCUAUUAUGGCCGAGGAAAUCAAUGAGCCAGAAGUUGGGCCAGUGCUAUAUGGAUUUUAUAAACCUCCUCCCCUGGAUGUUGAGAUCACCUGGACUGAAACACAUAAUAUAUUUGUACCAGCCAAUUUUCACAAGGACUUGAUUUACUACCUGAACAAAGGGUCCACAGUGGAUAUCAUAUACCAUGUAAAAUCUCCAAGCUCCUCACCUUUAUCCCUUGUGAUUGCACAAGGUAAAGAUAGCCUUGUUGAGUGGAUAGAGGACCCAUCAUAUCCUAAUACAACUUUGUCUUGGAAUAUUAUUCAUGGAAGUGGUAAGAUUCAACAGAAAAUAUCAAAGUCCUCCGAUUAUUAUAUUGCAGUGGGGAACUUGCACUCUGAGGAGGUGGAGGUAGAAUUAAAUUUCACCAUAAAUGCUUUCCUCUAUAACACAACUCAGGCAUAUUACCUGUGCUCCCUGGGUAACCCUUUGUGUAGUUUGAAGCUCUCUCUUUUAGGAACAAAUGUUGCUGUCCUUAUUUCUCCACAUCUGAAAGAGGGCACUGAUGAUGAAUGGUAUGUCAAACUCUCUUAUGGACCACGAUGGGUCACAUAUUUUGUUGGAUCAGGUGUAAUGACUGUACUCAUCUUACUGGCGUUCAGAUUCUUCAACACUUUCCAAACCACGGCUGAAGAUAGAACAAGAUUUCAGCCAGCGGAGGUGGGAACUGAACGAGCCCCAUUGCUUUUGCACAAAGAUGAAGAUGUAUCAAGUUGGGGUUCAUCUUAUGACUCUGUCUCACACGACGAGGAGGAUCUGGAGGAGCAGCUUGCGGUGAAUUGUAUUGAAGGUCAGCAAAUAACAGAAGGCAAAAACAGCAACAAUCCCCAGCGUCUUUGUGUCAUUUGCUUUGAUUCCUCUAGAGAUUGUUUCUUUCUACCAUGUGGUCAUUGUGCUGCCUGUUUUACAUGUGGAACAAGGAUUGCAGAAGAGUCUGGUACUUGUCCUAUAUGCCGCAGGAAGAUGAAGAAGGUGAGAAAGAUUUUUACAGUUUGAGCUUUGUAAAUGAGUUUGUAAUAAGAGGGGCUCUCUGGUGGUGCUACUCUUAUUGGUCCACUGCAGAAAAUUUUUACUCACGGCGUGGAUUCAGUUGAUAUGCACUUGUAAAAAGUAACUGUUAAAUUAGGAUUGUAAAAAAAAAAAAUAAUAAUAAUAAUAAUGAAAUUCAUAGGGUUCAGCAGUGUUUGACUAAAGGCUUUGCAUUUGUUGUAAUCACAAUGCACCCUCUUUUUUCAAAGCAUGAAUUACUCCCAUAUACUUGCAUAGUAGGGUUACUCGGUGUAUUAUUGUACCUUUGGUUUGAUUUAGGUUGAUUUAAGAAGUGAUGAUGUGCAUUUAAAUGUUGAUAAGCAGAAGUUGAUUUUAGAUGAUUGAAAAGUUACAAGA